AAAGGCUUAAUAGAGAGAUGGGCCUUAGGGCCGAGAGAGGAUCACAAAAGGAACAGAGCAAUUGUGGUGUGUAGUAGACUGAAAGAGUGACGGAGAUGGCGGCGAACGUGUGUCUACCUCCCGCGGCGGCGAUGGCUGUCCGGCCAGAGGAAGGCGUUCCGAAUUCUAAACCUACGCAGAGGCAAUCUAAGCUCUAUCUCACCAAACCUUCAUGGAGAGUCAGAACUCAGCAGUCCGGAGCAAAGACGUGUGUGAAGAGAAGGGAGAAAGACCGAUGUGUAAUCUGCCAUGGAACUGGAAGAGUUGAUUGUUUCAACUGUUGCGGGAAAGGGAGGACGAAUUGUGUGGAUGUGGAAAUGCUUCCAAGAGGAGAAUGGCCCAAAUGGUGUAGGAGCUGUGGAGGGAGUGGAUUAAGUGACUGUUCUCGCUGUCUUGGCACUGGAGAGUACAGAUACAUUAUGGGAUUCCGCUUCUUAAACCAAGACGAUGAUGUCGAUCCACAAUAAUGAUUUGCAACCUUCAAUGAUCAUGUCCUUUCCAGUUAUUGUAGAUGUUCAAUAGGCUUAAGACCUUUAGUUAAUGUAAAUGGUUGCUCCUGACUUGUUGGGGUUUGUUUGUAAUCUUCAUAGUCAUCAUGUUUCAAGUGAAGAGAAAUCGCCACGUCUAGUGUCUUUUGAAUCUACACGUCCUGUACUAGCCUGUCUUCAUAUUUAAAGAGUCAAUUUUAGUUUUGAGCUGACUAAUUUGAUCAA